AUGUUUUCCUAUCACUUGGCUGCUAUGGGACUGCUUCCUACAUUUCAGAUGGAAGGCCAAGGUCGAGUAAAUCAACUUGGUGGAGUUUUCAUAAACGGUCGACCCCUCCCAAAUCACAUACGCCUCAAAAUAGUAGAGCUAGCAGCCCAGGGGGUGCGUCCGUGCGUCAUCAGUCGUCAGCUAAGAGUUUCACACGGCUGCGUUAGUAAGAUUCUACAGCGUUACCAAGAGACCGGAAGUAUUCGACCGGGAGUUAUCGGAGGCAGCAAACCUCGAGUCGCCACACCGGAAGUGGAGAAGAGGAUAGAAAACUACAAGAAGGAAAAUCCUGGAAUUUUUAGCUGGGAGAUACGAGAUAGAUUGUUAAAAGAAGGCAUGUGUGAUCGCAGUUCCGUGCCAAGUGUCAGCUCCAUCAGUAGGGUACUUCGAAGUAAAUUUCAUCGCUCCGAGUCCGAAUCGGACCUGGAGGCAGAAGCCAUUUUGAAGGAGGAGGAAGAGGAAGAAAACAACGACAACGACGAUGUAAGCGUCAGCGGCAGAGCGAGCAACAAACACAGUAUAGACGGUAUCCUGGCUGAUAGCAAGGACGAUAAGACAGACGAUGAAGGAUCUGACUGUGAUUCAGAACCAGGCCUCUCAGUGAAGCGAAAGCAGAGACGCAGUAGAACUACUUUCACGGCGGAACAAUUGGACGAAUUAGAGAGAGCGUUCGAACGCACCCAUUACCCGGAUAUCUACACACGGGAAGAACUUGCGCAAAGAACAAAAUUAACGGAAGCUCGUGUACAGGUGUGGUUCAGCAACCGGAGGGCAAGAUUUAGAAAACAAAUGGGUAGUAACCAAAUCACAGCACUUAAUAGUUUCCUACAGGUACCACAAGGUGUAGCUAAUUCCUCGUACGUUUUCCACGAGCCGACAGGAUACUCGCUGCCCUCAGGAACAGAGAGCUUGUUCCAUAGACCAACAGUACCCCAAUCACUACAGUCCAUGAGUCAGCCAAUCAAACACGAAAACUCGUACGCUGGAAUAAUGGACAGCUACCUGUCUCACUCAUCACAAAUGCAUUCACUGACUUCGAUGGUUAACACAGAAAAUACAUUUAGCAGCACGUGGGCAGCACCAGUGACGUCAUCUACGACUUCAUCCAUCACGAGUUACCCGCCAACCAAUAAUCAUUAUCACUCGCCAUACAGUGACGUCAGUAAAACUCCUCUUCAUUACCCAUCUCAUAUAACAGUACCCAAUAUGACCGAUCGAUGCUCAAUUGAUGACAGUCUGGCAGCUCUGCGCAUGCGUUCUCGUGAACAUUCCGCUGCACUCAGUUUGAUGCAUGUUGCGGAUGCUGGAAAGAUGACAGCCACCUUUUGA